GCCACGGUUCAAGAAGCAGAAGGAAGCAAGGAAGGGCUUCUUCAGCGGUCCUGCCACUCUGCUUGCUCGCUGUCACUUCGGGCGCUUUCUCGCUCUCUCCCCUCCCUCCCCUUUCUCCCUUCACUCCCCACCUCUUGGGGUAUUCAUUUCUCUUGGCUUUUGCCCCCCUGGAAACUGCCACCCUGAAGUUUCUGGUGGUGCUGCUGGCCGCAGGGAUGCUCGCUUUCCUUGGUGCAAUCAUUUGCAUCAUCGCGAGCGUCUACCCUGCGGCCAGCCAUGCCGGAGCCCUCCAAGGUGCUGAUAAUGGCUCCAACGCCGCGGCCUCUGCCCUCUUGCCUGCCUCCGGUUCCGACAAGACGCUCGGAGCCCUCCACGGGGCCGGCGAAAGCAGCUACGGGGGCUUCUCGGCAGGCUCCCAGGACUCCGUGCUAGACCUCCUGGCCAGCGCCCGGCCGCAGCAGCAUCAGCAACUCUUCAGCCGCUUCCUCUGCACCCCGCUGACGGUCGAGUGCCCCGCCGAAGGGAGCCCGCAAGGGGACAGUCCGGCGGCGGCGGCGGCGGCGGCGAGCGAGGAGCUGUUCUUCCUCCAAAGCACAGCCGAGCAGCUAAGGCAGACGGCGCAGCAACAGAAGGAGCAGAUCCGCACCGAUCAGGAGACUAUCCGGGAGCUGACCACCAAGCUGAGCCAGUGCGAGAAUGGGCUGGAGCUCAGUUUCCAGGAUAGUCCCUCGAUCUGGGGGGUCCCCAGGCAAGACGCCAUGCCCAUGGAUGACCUGUCCUGGGAUUCGCCGGCUAUGAUCCAGGAACUGGAGGAAGCUGUUAGGUCGCUGAAAGACAGGAUUGACAAGAUCGAGCAGGAUAUUCCCACUCGAACGAAUGCUUCUUCUACUUCUGCCCCUGUGCCAGCCCAAGAGACCAUACACACCAAGAUGGAGGAACUGGAAGGACAAAUCCUCUCUAAGCUUUUGGCCCUGGAGAAAGAACGCACCUCCAUCACCAGCAGCCACAACCAACAGCAACAAAAUGUCGAAAAGGAUCUGGAUGCUCUCCAUAACCGGGUCUUUGAGCUUGAGCAUGAAACAACUGUCUUCAAGUCUCCAGAAGCCUUUAAAGUCUCCAUCCCUGUACGAAACAACUACAUGUACGCUCGGAUGAAGAAAAGCUUGCCUGAAUUAUAUGCCUUCACUGUCAGCAUGUGGCUAAAAGCUAAGAAUUCAGCAGAAGUGGGCACCCCUUUCUCCUACUCUGCUCCUGGACAAGCCAAUGAGCUUGUACUGAUAGUAUGGGGAAACAAUCCUAUGGAACUUAUAAUUAAUGACAAGGUGGCUCAUCUGCCCAUGACUUUAAAGGAUGGGACAUGGCACCAUAUUUGCAUUACAUGGAUCACUCGGGAUGGCAUAUGGUCCGUGUAUCAAGAUGGAGUUGAGCGUGGCGCCAGUGACAACCUAGCAUCUUGGCAUUCAAUCAAACCUCAUGGGGUGAUGAUCUUGGGCCAGGAACAGGAUACACUGGGAGGAAGAUUUGAUGCAACUCAGGCCUUCGUUGGGGAAAUUUCUCAGUUCAACAUGUGGGAUCAUGUCCUGAUGCCAGCAGAGAUCAUAGGUCUGGCCAACUGCACCAGCCGGCUGCAAGGCAACGUAGCCCAGUGGGAUGAGAAGUUGGUUGAAGUCCACGGAGGGGCAGCCAAAUUAAGUUUUGAGAUCUGCGAGGGAAAAAUGAAGGCAUGAAGGUCUUACGUUCCUGCCACAAGAGAGGAGCGAGCAAGCCACAUUUCCUUCUUUCAAUCUGCUUUGGGAAAGAAAGAACAACAGUUCCUUUUUCCCAUCCAGCAACUUCUUACAUUCGGCCUGGAGAGGAGGAAGAGGUGUGUGUGUGUGUGUGUGUGUGUGUGUGUGUGUGUUUGCAUGUGUGUUUGAGAAAGAGAGCAUGUGUACGCAAGGAAGCCUUCUAAACUUAAAAAUGAAAUUAUGACACUAUUUUUCAUUGUUUCAGUAAAAUAUUUUUAAAUUCAUUCUGUGAGUGACUAGACAUUCCACUAAGGAAGCUAAAGAGAUUGGAAAGUAGCCAAUCUCUGAUGAGCAGUAUGAGAAAGGAUAAAAACUAUCAGUGAGUAGGAAAUUGUUGGUAGAACUAGCAUCUCCAACACUUCCAGUCUGUCCCAUUGCUGAGAGUUUCAGUGAUGAAACUUGAACUCUGUUGAUUGGAUUGUGAAAGCAUUAAAGCACUGUGUUGACAUCUGCCCACUAUAUGCCACUGACCCUCUAGAAUACAUAACCCAAUAUUCUAGUAUCUGCAUGUCCUCACCAGGAUGUUCAGCUGUUUUAUCUUUCUUCUAGCUUUAGCUCGUAGUCUUCCUUGUAAGGUAAAAGCAUUGUCACUAAGCAAAAAGUGCCAGCAGGUUCCUUAACUUCACAAAGGCCUAUGUUUGAAGUUCAAUUUUUUUUUUUUUACACCAGAGGUAUCAUUUCCCUAAUCGGUUACUUGAAUUCCUAUGUUGCCCUGCCAAUCUUUUUUUGUUUCUCUAGAUUUUAUAUUUUCAAACUCUUUUUUAAACCUUUCUUAUAAGCCAUAAUGACAGAUUUUAAGAAGGGCAAGUUCUAAGUGGUAGGCACGGAAUAUGAGCAGUCUUGGUCAAGCCUUUUUCUACCCCCGUUUUCCCUUUUGUUGCUGCCUUUCCCUCCUAAGGGCUGACUCUCACAAGCUUGGCUCAUUUUGUUGAUCAUCAUCACAGUGACUUGCAGCUGGUUGUGUGUGAACUGUGUUCAUUAAAAAGCAUUGUGUCUGAAGUGAUGUGGUAUGUGAUGUGGUAUGAUAUGAAAACUUUUGUUAUGCUCUAUGAUAGCUUUUUUAUCCAUGCAUUCUCCUCCCCCUCCUCUAUGAAUAUCAACUCAAAGAUUUAUCUGCAAAAGUCAUGCUUACUGUAGGAUUCUGAGAGUUGAAAUCUAUGUACCUGAACGAUGCCCAUUAGUUGAAGGAAGUUGGCCAAACUAUUUGACUGGAUGAAUUGUUGAUUCAUGACAGAUAGAAACCUGUUAGGAAACAACAUUUGGGACAACACACAAGCUAAUAUAGUGAUUAGGGUCUAGCAAUCUGAUCCUGCCAUCCAAAAACGUCACCACAAAAAGUUUUACACCACUGCACAUCUUUCAAUAAACAUAUCCCAUCCUGCAAAACUCUGUAAACGGCAGAGGAACACAAUAGACAAGGCAGUGCAAUUGGGAAAGGGAGUGUGUUGGUCAAUGAGACGAAUUCAUUUACUAUAAUUCACAUAUCAGCCCAAGAGAGGUUCUGCUGCAGUGGUGCCGUUGCUAUUUGUCUUAUCUCUGAUACAUACUGGAUCUUACAGUAUAGCAUCCUCUUCCGCUGCAUUAUUAGCUCACAUAUUUAUGGCUAAACGUAUAAGUGUGUCACUGAAAAUAUGGCUGUGUGUCUUACUUGACAGACAGCCCUUAGUUAAAGGAGCUUUUGAAAAUCAAAUAGGGGUGGGUUGUAUUUUGGCAGCCAAGGAAUACACCUAUCAUGUGGUUGGGAUGCAAAGGCUAUAGAGGGGAGAACUAUUGUUUCAUACUAAGGGACUAAGAUUUCUGAUUUUUCUUUGACUGGCAAGUGAGACUUUUUAGGGUUUUGUUUUAAUACUUCCUUUUAAAGAUGUAUGAAAACUAUGAUAGGGCUUCUACUAAAGUGUUUGGAUUCUCCUGCCUUAUUUAUUUAUUUAUUUAUUUAUUUAUUUAUUUAUUUAUUUAUUUAUUUAUUUAUUUAUUUAUGUGUGUUUUUUUGUUUAUCUAUCCCAUCAUUAUUAUUUUUUAUAAAUAAUUCAAGGGGGCGGAUAUACCUGAUACUCCUUCCUCCUUCUAUUUUCUCCACAAAAUCCUUGUGAGAUGAGUCGGGCUGAGAGAGAGAGUGACUGGCCCAAAGUCACCUAGUUGGCUUGCAUGUCUCAGGCAGCAUUAGAACUCACAGCCUCCUGGUUUCUAGCCUGGUGCCUUAACCACUAGACCAUACUGGCUAUUUAUUCCUGGCAAUCACAGUCAGAUGUGUGCAAGGAGGUGCAGAACAGAUUCUCAGACCACUUGUGAACACCAGGCAGAGUGUUCUGGCCUAAGUGAAAUAUAAAAUGAGUGGCUAGAAUUUAGAUAUGAGAUCUUUGGGCUGCUUGUUUGUUUGUUUUACUAGGUAGGCUGAUUGAAUGAGAUAAAAAGCAUUUGAUCCUCUGCAAAUUCUUCAUUUUCCUUGCAGUCAGUAAAGAAAAUGUAUUGGACAAUUUCUUUAUUAUUGUCACAAAUUUGCAGACACAGACAUAUUCCCCAAGUCAUUUGUCCUGAACAAGAAAGACUCUCUUUCUUUCCUGAUAAGUACUAAUUUAAUUUCUUUGCUCAGUAGAGCAUCUAUUGCUACUAGUAUGACAAAUGAAUCCAUCUCAGUGCAACACUUACAUAUUAGAACUCAAUGUUCUUUCAGGUCUUAAUCUUGAUUAAGAAUCAGGACCCUAAUGGGCCUUUGUGGUUUCAAAAACAAAGAUAAAUUUCAGUCUUCUCCAAUCUGAUGCUCCCCAAACUCCCAGCUAGCCCUGGGAAAUGUCUAGAAAGGCUGUAGAACAUUAGUCUAGUAUAUUAGUAAUAUAAAUAAUGUUGUUAGUAAUGUUUUCUUGAGAGUGAAGAAAGCCCUCCAUUACCGCCACAAGACACAACUAUCCCCACACUGAUUUCCUCACAUGAAAAGCAAAGAUUUUUUUUUUAUUAGAUCACAUGAAUCUAUUCAAAAUAUAUUUACACAAAUGUGUCAUGUGAUCUUGGCUAGGUUACUAACAAAUAAUAUUAAAUUCUAGAUAAAGCCAAAUGAGUAAGACAGCCCAGGAUGCUGCACUAAAAUCUGCAGUCACCUAAAAACAUUCAGUUCUCCACACUUUCCUAGCUCCACAGAACAAGCUGUGUUCCUAUUCUUAUUACAGUCUGGUUUUACCUCUUAUUGUGCCUCUCCUGGGACAAAAAUAAGACACCUUAAAAUGUCUUCAGCAUUCCAGGUUUUUAAAAAAUGGAACCAGAAAAAUGGAAGGAGGCACUGGAGAGCUAUAGCAUCUGUUCAUAUGAUGGAACACAGUCAGCAGUGCUUACUUGUGUACCUUUGAGUGCCAGAUGAGACAAUUGUUCUAGAAAUUCUGAAUCUAGUG